AAAAAAUAAUAAUAAUACAAAGAAUAAAAAGGCACAGAGGCAUUCUCAUAGCUUCGGAAGGCCGCAACGAAACCCUAACGCGCCCAGUCAAUAAGUUCUUCCCCUCUCUGCCCUCCCCUACUCCGCUCCCCUCUAUCCUCUUUCAUUCGUGGGAGCCGACGAGAUCGUCUAUUUCACUUCCCUUUUAUUUUUCUGGUCGCCUUCAAUCGGUAGAAAGCAAGACGGAGUAAACGCAAACGAAUUUACCCUCGUUGUUGAUUCUUUGGUGAGGUUAGGGUAAAGCCAAACAAUGUCCUCGGACUCGGCGGUAGCAUCGCCGGCGCGCAAGAAGCCGCGGCGGAGGUGGUGGGAUAGUGGAAUCGUUUCUGGUUCCAAAAAGAAGGUGACCGUCGCUCUGAUGGGUCGAAACAACAAGACGGCGGCCUCCAAUGACAACAACGACACCAACCCGGGAAUCCGCACCGCCACCGUUACCGUCGUCGCCCCCAACUGCGAUUUUCGCGGGAAAUUCUCGACUAUGGGUCUCGCAGUCGUGGAUUCGAAAUUAUAUGCUUUUGGUGGUCGUGAGAUAAAUUUCUCUCCUUCUGGCUAUGACGAUCGUGAUGAUGAUGGCUUCUUGUACUGGAAAUAUCCGCUAGAUGUAUUCGUCUGCGAUCUUGGAACGGACCCCGACAUCCAACAACAACCACUCAAGUUUCAGCAAUACCCAGCUCUGCUGAAGGGACCCAAGGUCGAGCCGAUCCACGUUCCUUACAAUGACAAGAUUUUCAUCUUGUCGAGGCUUUAUGACCCCUUGUCGUCCAGCGACCUCUAUGCUCCUUGUGAGGUUUUGGACCUCAAGGAUAUGUCCACGCAAAUCGUUGAUCUGCCAUUGGAUAUGUGGGAUCCCAAUUUGAUCCUACGGUACGAUGGGCUUCCAGAUUACCUGGGUCAUGUAGUUGUAGGGAGGGAAUUGAUUGUUUAUAUGCACACUUUUGUUGGCUCCUCUGUGUUUGCUCUUGACAUGGAAGAGCUAAAGUGGCGUCGCAUCAUGACUGAGCAUGCUGAUCAUGAUGACAUCUCACCUAUGAGGCCCAACCUGACGCUGAUGAUGUACCCAUGGGAUCGGCUUCCUGAGGCGCACUGUUCGAAUCUUGUUCACAAUGGUCGGUUGUUUAUGGUGAGCAUGCCGGAUCAUCGCCCCUUCCAAGUCAUCCGUGUUAAGUACGUGUCGAAUCCUUGGGCGAGUUAUGAUCAUCUGCUGCUGCAGCAGGAGCAACACAAGACUAGGGAUAUGCGUCAUCUUUCUGAUUAUGCUCUUCGUCUUGUACCGGCUGAUUGUAAAUUUGGGGACGCAAGGGUGGUUCCUUUUGGAGAUGGUGAUGUCUACUGUCUUUUUCUCUGGUGGGGACUUACUACGUACGAACUGAGGAGCCAGUUCAAGGUUUGCAAGUUUAGAUUGGUUGGCGAAGAUGGUGGUUGUGAAAUCUUUGACACGGUGGAGGAUUUCAGUGCUUUUUCACAUGAUUUUGAUUCCUCUCGUGUCACGGCCUUUACUCACACCAGCUAUAUAGAGAUGGGUGUUUAUUGAAGGAGCUGGAUUGCUCAGCCAUGUGAAAUCGUUGCAUCGGAUUCUCUCUAUAGUGGUACCGGUUUCGUGCUCGUAUCUGGGUUGUUCUUCCAAUCGGUAACCUUGGUGUUCAAUUCUCCUAUAAGCUCUAGGGUAGCACCAUAUGGAGAUGGUUGAUACUCUCAUAUUUUUGGAAGCCAUAGGGUUCCAUGUUUCAAAUCUACAAACACACUAAAACAUAAAAGACGAAGAUCAAAUAAAUACAAACCAUGCUUUGAGGUGAAGAGUGGUGCAACUUACACUAAUGAGAAACACAAAGUAACUACACAAGAACACAAUGACAAAUACCACACUCAUACAAACACAAGGCUAAACUAAUAGCUCUAAACCUUUCACAAUCACCUAAAUACUUCUCGACAAUGGCGCCAAAAACUUGAUAGCAUUGAAGCUCAACUCAUGUUAUAAAACUAGGCUUGUCAACAAUAUUAAUUACUCUAAUUUAUGACAAGUACACCCUACAUUGGUGAAGUAGUAGAGUGGUGACUAACGACUAAGGUCAUAUUCCACGGGGCCUUCAAGUCUACUACUUCUAUUGGCUUCAAGCUACUAUUUAAUCAACAAGAUGGAAGAUUUGAACGUGAAUUAAACUAAACUAACAUGAAAAGAAAAGAAAAAAAGACUAACUGCUAGGGUGAUCAAUAGAGGGAAGAUGUUGUUUAGGGUCGAAUCCCUUUAGACUAGCUUUAGUGACACUUUAGUAAGGUUCAAGAAUUUCAUUUGGUCCAAUUUAUCCAAAAAUUGGGGCCAAAUUUGGCCCAGAAACGGACAAAAAGUCCAAACUUGCGCGGGCCCACAGAGUGAGGAGAGGCAGAAGCGCCCCAUGUGUUGCGCCCCUACUUUUUGCCCGUUGGAAAAAUAAAUAAAUAAAACAAAUUUACUUUUCAGCGCCUAUACUCUCCUCCAACGGCUCUUUCAUCUCCAACAGCUAGUUGUUUUUGCCAAAUUUCUCUAUAACUACUACCAAUUCAUUCACUUCUACUUCAUCUCUUCCAUUUUUUUCUCCCAAUUCUCUCCAAUUGUGGUACUCAUCUUCUUCUCAUAGAAAAAAAAUCUCUUCCUCCCAACGCCUGGUUAUGUCUCAAAGCAAUCGCCCACCAAAUUGGAAGGAGGAAGAAGAUAGAGUUUUGUGCAAAGCAUGGAUUGAAAUUUCGGAGGAUGGUUCUGUCGGCAAUUAUCAAACUGGGCCUGAGUUGUGGAGGCGAAUUGGGGUAGUAUU